AUGGCCAUCGAGUUCCCACCCCUCGCAAAUCGCCAACUGCGCCCUCCAAAGACCCCCAUGUACGUGCCCGCCGCCCUGCGCCCAACCGAACGCCCGCCCCGCGCCUCCCCCAUCACACCCCCGCGCUCCGUCCACGGCAGCACCGACAGCCUCGACGGCGCAGAAUCCAGGCGGCCGGUGAGUCGGCGCAGUACCACCGACAGCCGCAAACAGGCCUCCCUCGGCCAAGUCUCCGAAGAAGCUCAAUCGCCCACGACCGAGCAAGCCUUACUGACUACCGGUCUCCCCGCAGUCACAGGUCCCCCCACGCGCGGCCAUUGGAAACCAGACGCCCAUGCCUCGAUCUGCGACGCGCCCGUCUGCCAGAAAUCCUUCGGACUCUUCGAGCGACGGCAUCAUUGCAGGCACUGUGGGAACGUGUUUUGCGGGAAGCAUUCCGUGUGGCAGAUACCCCUGGACCAGGACGGGAACUAUCAUCCCAACGGGGGACUCUACAGGGGAUGCGGACACUGUUGGGGCAUGUACGCGAAGUGGAAAGAAGACAGGAUCGAAGCGGCCGCGAGGGGGGAAAGUCUGGCGCCCGGCACCCCCGCGAAGGCGGUGGCUAAGGGGACGGGCAAGGGUGCGGACGACAAGAGAGGCAGCGUCGCGGCGAGCCUGACGAGGGAAUGGAACUGGAGCACCUUCUGA